GCUUAUUCCAAGAUUGCGACGAAGGUGCUGAAACCAUAUUACACCAAAGUGGGCCUGCAUCAUUCAAUGAAAUUUUAACAUUUAACGAUGAUGAAGCAAUUAGGACGAGAGAAUUUAUAACCCAGAAUCAAAAUCUUAAGAUUGAAGUUAAGAUUGAUCAUGUCCUUAAAGACGAUAUAUACCGAG